AUGAGCGCACUGCCUUACGACUCGCUGUCGGCUCGGCCGAGUCCCAGCAGACAAGCUUUGGACUGGGAGCGUGAGCAGCUAGCUGUGCGACGACUGUCUUCACGGAGUCUUGACCUGCUGACUCCGCCUCCUCUUCCUCGUCGACCCUCUGCCAUCCCUGGCUACCUGCUGCCUCCAUACCAAGGUCAAGAGGAGCAGCUCAGCCUGCAGCAGCAGCAACAGCAGCGUCUCUCCUUGUCCGUGUGCUCAGAAGCCUCCCUGGCGCCCCCUGCUCCUCCACCUGUGGGUGCUGGCCCACCCUGCUGCCAUUCCGUGGGAGUCAUGCACCUCUUGCGUCUGGGUCUCCUAGCCUUCAGCUGCCUCUUCUGGGCAGCUGGACUGGCUAUCUUCACACUGGGUGUGUGGGCUCAAAUUUCCCUGGCAGACUACAUGAUGCUCUCCGCCAACCGCUACCCCAAUGCCCCGCUCAUCCUUCUGUCCACAGGUGCGGCCAUCACAGCAUGGGGCUUCCUGGGUUGCCUGGGGGUGGCUGCAAACCUGCCUUGCGUGCUAAGGGCUUACGGCUUCUUUCAGCUUGCUGCACUUGUGGCCGGUUUGGCAGCAGGACUCUCGGGCCUCUUCUACCGUGAAGAAAUUGCCGGUGGAUUUCGCAGCGGUUUACAGCGAGCAGUGGCGGGCUACACAGAGGAUGAAGGCCGUGCUGACGCUCUAGACAGCCUGCAGAGGGCUCUGAAGUGUUGUGGAGCUGACGGUUGGCGCGACUGGCUUGUGUCUGACUGGGCUAUCCAGCAUAUGAACUUCCUGCCCAUUGAGAACGGCACCUCGGUGUCCUUGCCCGACAGCUGCUGCGUGAGGCGAAAGGGUUGCAAGAAUCGGCCUCUUCUGGCAGAUGAUGGUGACGGCAUGGCUGCCGCGGGGAUCCAUCCGCAUGGCUGCUUCCGCAAAGUCUUCAGCUUGGUCAAUGACAAUGUCUUCCAUAUUGCUGCUACUGUGCUGGGGUUAGCCUUCACACAGAUUGGAGGCAUUGCCCUGGCUUGUCUGUUAGCCAAUAAACUGGCACCAAGACAGCAUGGACGUGUAGUAGCACAUUAA